AUGGACGACCAGGGAUGUCCUCGCUGCAAGACAACAAAAUAUAGAAAUCCGUCCUUAAAACUUCUUGUCAAUGUCUGUGGGCAUUCUUUGUGUGAAACUUGUGUUGAGGCAUUAUUUGUCAAAGGCUCAGGAACAUGUCCAGAAUGUGGUACAGCAUUGAGGAAAACAAAUUUCAGGGUUCAGUUAUUUGAAGAUCCAUUCAUAGAAAAGGAAAUAGAAGUUCGUAAAAAGAUUCUGAAAGACUUUAACAAAAAGGAAGAAGAUUUUGAUACUUUGGAGGAAUAUAAUGAUUACAUAGAAAAAAUAGAAACUAUUAUUUUUAAUAUCAUUAACAAUGUUGAUGUUGAUGAAACACGACAGAUGGUAGAACAAUACAAGAGAGAUAAUAAAGAUCAAAUCAGUAAAGGACGAAAUAAAAAGAGCAAAGAUGAAGAAUAUUUAGAAAGCUUAAUAGAACAAGAACAAGAUGAAAAUGUCAGGAAGAGGAAGCUGAUUAUUGAGGAGGAACAGCGACAGAAAGAUACGAAAAAGAGGCACAAGGAGGCACUUCUGGAUGAAUUGAUGUUCUCAGACAGAUCAGCCAUGGAUAUACUCUCUGAACACAAAACAGAUCUAGACAAAGAGAACGAACUCCGUGCUCCUGUGAUGCCCACAACAAAAUUCUCCACUGGAAUCAAAUUGGGAGCCCAGGGGCCCUUUAUGUCAGUACCUCAGGAGACAAUAGAGCUGUAUAGGUACAGCCCAGUCCACCUGGAAGUGUUAGGACCAGACCCGCCAGAUGAAGAGGCAUUGGAGACAAUCGGGUACCUGAAUCACAUUAGGAGUGCUUCGGAGCAGGAGAGUGCUGGAGGAUUUGACUCUAAGCUGGCCUGUAUGAGAGCUCUCCUGGAUGUUGUGAAUGGACUGUAUUAUCUCCCUUUACAAGUCUCAUGAUGGCAAUUUCCUAAUGGAGACUAAAGUUUCAUGACAAUUUUCUAAAGGAGACUAAAAUUGUUGAUACAAGAAAUACCAGAAUCUUCAUUUGAAUGAAUAACACUUUGCUAGAUAUCUGGAAAUUGUUUCAUGCUUCUAAGAGCUAGUCUCCUAGACAGUCAAAAACUGAUUGAGUGAGCUUCUGCAAACAUCCCUCAGUGUUGAAGAAAAGUCCAAUUUCUGAUUAACAAUUGGAUUUUGCAAAUGCACAAAAAAUUGUACUGACAUAGGUAUUUGUACAUUCAUAUCAUUAAAUAAAUGUUGAUGAAUUAAAACCGAAGCAUA